UUUCAAGUGUAAAACCUGACAUUUAAAAAACACAUCUUUGUUCUUUUGAUUCGUUGUUUAUUAACAAGAGAAUGACUCGAUUCAACGGCUGUAUUGAUUUGCACAGCGGCAAAGUGAAGCAAAUCGUGGGUGGAUCAUUAAGCGAUAAUGCUCCAAGUGAACUCAAGACGAACUUUGUUUCAAAAGAGAAGCCAAAAUAUUAUGCUGAACUGUAUAAAAAGUUUGGCGUGACGCGUUGCCAUGUUAUUAAACUUGGACCUAACAACGACGAAGCUGCCAUAGAAGCGCUUGCAGCAUGGCCACAAGGUUUGCAGGUCGGUGGUGGUAUUACAUCGGACAAUGCACUUAAAUGGAUCGAAUAUGGUGCAGCCAAGGUGAUUGUCACAAGCUAUCUAUUUCCGGAUGCACGGUUUUCCAAAGAAAGAUUGGUGGAUCUUUGUCAGCAAGUAGGCAAAGACAAGCUGGUGGUUGAUGUGAGUUGCCGCAAACGUGAUAACAAAUGGGUCGUUGCAAUGAACAAAUGGCAGACAAUGACCGAUAUGGAAGUGAACAAAGAAACGUUGGACAUGCUUUCAGAAUACUGCAGCGAAUUCCUUGUCCAUGCGGCUGAUGUCGAAGGCUUGUGCAAAGGCAUCGAUCAAGAAUUAGUAGAGAAGUUAGGCGAGUGGGUCACAAUACCGACUACGUAUGCGGGAGGAGGAAAAUCCAUCGAAGACUUGGCGUUAGUGGACAGCUUAUCGAAGGGCAAGGUGGACCUUACUUAUGGAAGCGCACUAGAUGUAUUCGGAGGAAAUGGAGUGCUUUUCGAUGACUGUGUUGCAUGGAACAAGGAGCACCCAUAACGAUCACACACACACACACACACAUACAUAUACACACGCACAUAGAGAGACAUACAUCCUGGUGUAAUAAACUUUUUUCAAUCAAUC